AUUAUUUUGUCAACAUUAGCUUAAAUGUUUUAGGGGAUUUCCCUUCUUAAUUUACUUCCUGUUCUCCUCUUCAACAACUGUCGACGCCUUUUAGACUCAAGAAACUUUAUGUUUAGACCAAGUAAGAACAAGUAAAAGCCUGUUAAGAAGACCCAUUGGGUUAUGCUCUGAUGGCUAAAACAAGAGAUUACUUGGCAGAGCUACAAAGACUAUAUGUACACGACUACUUCUCCCUUGGGUUCCAGUUAGGCCUCAGUCGGGAAAAGCUAAGAUACAUCGAGGCCAGCGAACCAAACCAAGCUAGGAGGCUCCUUGAAGUAAUAUGUGCUUGGGAAGAAUUGAAAGAUGGUGGCACUUGGGAAGAAUUGGGUAAAGCUCUGGUGAAAAUACCAGAUCAUAAGAAAGCCGGUUAUGCAAUAUUGAGAAAGUAUACCUCAUCGAUGAUGUACACAGAUAGAAGUACAGGUGCAGUUUCCUUUAUUAACCAACAAAUAAAUGCUACUUCACUUCCAGUUUCAGCCAGACAAGUGCUUCCGCAAUCAGACUUUCAAUCAUUGAUGGCAGUACCAACCAUCCUUUAUCCUUCCCAACACCAAGCACCUGAGGAAACACCUCAAGUUGUUCCACAAAUUGAAAUGACUCCUCAAUUAUUAGAUGCAGUAACUUUGCCUCUGCCACCUCUUCUCAAUCCUCCUUCUCCUCUUCCUCCUAUCUCUCCUAGCGACUCAAACUCUAAUUUAUCUACUGGAUCUUUGCCCAUUACGAAUUUCCUUCCUUCAUCUCUUAAUAAUCUAAUCAGCACUUCUCCUCCUGUUCCGUCCAAUGCUGAACACACAAAAGAUGGUACUACUUUUGAUAACGUGUCAGUUUCUUCACAGCCUCAUCUCCCUCCAUCUCUGUCUCCUCUUCUCCCUCUUCAUCUUUCUCCGUCAAUAUCUUCACUGUGUUCCUCCAAUGGGUCUUUUGUUGUUGGAGACACUGCACUACCUCCAAAUCAUCCUUUUCUUCCUCCUCCAGCCACACAGCCUCCAAACGACCAUUCAAUAAAAACAGCUCGGAAGGAGAUUGGUCGUUUAAAGCAUAAAUUUACAAAACUAUCAAUGAAAGUUGCAGAGCUCUUGAAUGAAAAAAACGUCAAAGUUUGCGAUUUCAUUCGCUUCUUGAAAUUCUCAUUAUACAGUAGCCACGACUACAACUUUUUACAGGAUCACAUACCAGAGCUGGAGUCAAAGAAAACCAUAGAUGACAUCGUAAUCUUUUUGCAAAAUUUCACGAGCUUUGACAAUCCGGAGUUGAUCCAAGUCAUAGUCCACAACUUUAUUGAAGAUGAAGGAGGAUCACUGAUCGAAGGGUACUACGAAGAGCUUCAGGAAUUUGAGAAGUUUUGUCACUGUGGAGUGUAUGCACAAGCUUUUACUGCAGAGGUGAAUCAGUCGGUACCAAAUGGGUUUCAUUAUAGGAAUCCAUCUUACAGCUCCGAGUCAAUUCUGCUCCACUUGAAUGACACAUGGGACCGUCGACCUUUCUCAGACGUGAGAGCCUUCCAACAUAGAGAACUCCACGAGGUCCCAAGCAUGGCUCUUAGUAUGAGGAGACUAGAGAAGAGGUCAGUGCUGGUAGUAUGGCAGACGACUGAGAUAGUGAUUGAAAAACUCUCAAAGGAUUUCGUACGAAAGUUCUCUCACUUGAAGACCCAAGGAAUACUUCAACUAAUAGUUGGAGGGAAAGAGAUUGACUUCUCUUAUAGCCCAAAGCCACAGCUGCACACAAUUGAGAGAUUGAAGCAGUCUUCACCACUUCCACUAAGGACGUCAGCAUCAACCUUUACCCUUCAAUCAGACAUCAGCUCUGCUACUGAUAAAAGCUCAGAGUCAAAAGACUCUGGUUUUAAUUCAGGAGCUACAAGCUUAUCAAGUAUAUAUGCACCAAUUGGAAGCAAACAUGCUCAAUAUAGUGAGGCUCAGGAAGACUACACUGGAGAUAACAUCAGCAUAGCUAAAGGGAGCAAAUUGGAACUGAUACUAAAUGUAGGCGAGACCCUAUCACUGGUACGUACUCCAGGUAAUGAGUACGGCUAUGUUCCAAGGAGUGUUCUCGGCAAUACAAAAAAAUUACAGGUAGUCUCAUCCCUUAGCCCCUUAUUAGUGCGAGGGAAUAUCAAACAGGCUAAUGUGAAUGAAGCUACUCUUAUACCAACAAAAGGAGCUCCUACUACUGCUCUCCAACCAUUAGCUAGUUUACCAGAACGUCCCAAUGUCCUCCUCCCUUGCGAUCCAAUCCCAGGUAUUAUUGUACGAAAGAAAGUCACUGAGGCCGAGCUCGAGACACCAUCUUCUAGCGAUACCACGCCCACGAGACCUGACACGCCCCCACUUGAGGCUUUUAUCGAAGCAAAUAAAAUGAGCCUCUCAGAUGCACACAACUCGCACCAACCUUUCUCACCGUCUUCGGAGAAAGCUCCGCCACUAACUAAUGAUAAUUACAUAAAAUAUUACUACCCAGAGGUAGUUGAAGAGAAGUCAUGGAAGACGAGCAUUAAGAAAGCCAUAAAGUCCUUCAGAUCUUCUAUUCACAGGCAAAGUCAGACUACUCUUGAUUCUGUCUCGCAACGAAAGAGUCUUUACUCGUAUAAGACUCAUAAAACUGCUGGAGCAAAGAGCACAGCAUCGGCUGAUGAUGACAUCCUCAUGCCGUUUGAGCUCUCAGCCCAAGGAAACAGCAAGAUCAUGAGUGUAUGACAAAAACUAACGACUUUUUUUUGGCUUGAAUUUUUACGAGCCAGAGUUUUUCGUGAAAUAAUUUAAUCAGUUUUAUGCUCAUUAUUGCUUUCUUUAUUCUCGAAAAUGAAGUUACAAUAUGAAA